GCAAAGCUUCCAUCUCGACCUGCUGAUCAAAAACACUAGCUUGAGACAAGCCUCAGUUGUCGCAAUCAUGGCGACGGUAGCAGCCAAUUCCAGCAUUCCCCCUAAUCCCACAGUCUAUGUCCGCAAUCUCCAAGAACGCAUCAAAGUCGAAAACCUCAAAGAAGCCCUGGAAGAGCUCUUCGCUGAAUAUGGCACCAUCGUCGAGAUAGUCGCCAAAACCAACCUCAAGGCCAAGGGCCAGGCCUUCGUCGUCUUUGACAAUGUUGAGUCUGCUACGAACGCUAUCGAGGAGAUUAAUGGGUUCGAGCUGUUUGAGAAACCGAUGGUGUUAGAUUAUGCGAAGUCGAGGAGCGAUGCGACGGUUUUGAGAGAGGGUGGUGGUGAUGAGUUGGAGGCGCAUAAGAGGAGGAGGCUGGCUGAGAAGGAGCGCAAACAAGCCCACGAAGCUCUUGAAGCCCAAAAGAAACUCAAACGUCCCGCCGGUGCUGCCCCCGAUACCACGCGUCCCGCCAAAACCACCAAAGGAGCUGGUCUCAAGCCGACGAGCGGUGCUGCGGCGACGGUCAUCCCAGAUGAAUACCUUCCUCCGAACAAGAUUCUGUUCUUGCGGGACCUCCCCGACAACAUCGACCAGGAUACGCUUACGAGUGUGUUUGGGCGGUUUGAGGGCUUCACGGAGGUCAGAUUGGUGCCUGGUAGAAAGGGAAUUGCUUUUGUUGAGUAUGAGAAUGAGUCUGGGGCCAUUAGUGCUAAGGAGGCUACGUCGGGAAUGCCCAUGGGAGAUGGGAAGCCUAUUCGGGUUACGUACCAGAGACAGUGAUGUUUUUGUGUGCGCUUGUGGACAGACUAAUCUGGCGUUUGGAAGGAAUUAUUUGCCUUUUUGUAUCUUUCUCUUUGACCAUGGAGAUUAAGUCAUGAAUCUUUGUUUCUGUAUCUUUGAGGCUUCGCCUUUGAUAGCCUCAUGAAAAGGACACCGCAUAAAUGAUAUCAAAGAACAAUCGUGCUAAAAGGACAAAACGGGAAAAAAAAAAAAAAAA